GAUAAAUCCCACCACCGACCAGAGUUGGUGUGGAUAAAAACGGCCAGCCGAAAAUUCCGAUCGAAACAGUGCCGAUAGAAUGCUACAGCAUGGAACGCCAAAUGGUACCUGUGAUAGUGUUUCUGCUCGGGUCGAUGGUGCUGCUCGGUGCGGGACAGGAAGUAUGCCCAGAACCGUGCAGCUGCGACUGCGAGGAAAGCAUGGCGUGUGUCGAUUGUUCCGGGCGUGGCCUAACCGAGCUUCCCGUUUUUGCGGACGUUAAUAUCGAAAUUCUAGACCUCUCCGACAACGCGUUCACUACGAUACCUCCCGAGCUAGGUCAGUUUCCAAGGCUGCACUAUCUGGAUCUUUCGGCGAACGCAAUCACACGCCUCCCGGCGGAUGCACUCGCGGGGAUGUCUUCCUUGUCGAUACUGAUCCUGUCGGAGAAUAACAUCUCCAACUGGGCGGACAUUCAUCCGAACCGUUUGCUGCUACCAGCUGGCAAUCUGAAAGAGUUACGCCUGGCGAAGAACCCGUUCACAAGCUUCUCCAGCAACGAUGAUAAUCUCGUACUGACGAGCCUGUCGCUGCGCUAUCUCGAUUUGAGCGAGUGCAAAAUUUCGAAAAUCUCCGGCAACGAAGUUAUACAAGGAUUGCGCAGCUUGGAACAUCUGAAGCUAUCGGGCAAUCCGAUCGUAUCCGUGUCGGACAUGCAAUCCACUACGCUGAAACGGCUCGAGCUGAACAGCUGUAAGCUAUCCGCACUGCAGUCAACUGUCUUUACCGGUCUUACCGCACUGAAGGAGGUGAACCUGGCACGCAACCAUCGGCUGUCACUCGUCCACGAGGACACAAGGGUCCAGUCGGGAUCGUUGCGCAAAAUCAACCUAUCCCACUGCAACCUGGACACGCUGGAUCUGCACGGUUUCCCGAACCUCAUGACGGCGAUCGUGCGUGGCAAUAUGGUGCGCCAGCUGGAUCGUGAUUCUUUCACCAGCACGGUGAACAUUUCGCUGGAAUCAUCUCGCGCGAUGCUGGAACAUCUCGAUCUGUCCUACAACUCCAUCAGCAGCAUCCACCCGGAAGCGUUCCGUGCCCUGAAGCACCUCAAAACGCUCGAUCUUUCCUUCAACAUGAUAUCGCGCAUCGAUGGCAAGCUGUUCAAAACGAACGAUCUGCUAACGCACAUCAACCUCAGCCGGAACUACUUCAGCCGGUUGAGCCGCAUCUCGGCCGAUUCGCUUGUCUACCUGAAUGUGAGCUGGUGCGAAAUUCUCACGAUCGAUUGGGAUGCGCUCGCGUCGAUGGGUGAGCUGAUCGAGCUCGAUCUUUCCAACAACCUGAUAUCCGACAUACCGGACACACUGUCCUCCGGUACGCUGCAAACACUCGACCUCUCGAUGUGCCGACUGUCGACGAUGCGUAACACAACGCUUGCCGGGCUGCCGGAACUGGUGCGCAUUAAUCUGUCCGGCAAUCGUUUUACCACCCCGUUUCGGGUGGACAUUUUCGAGAAGAACCCAUUUCUGAGCGAAAUCUGGCUGGGUGACAAUCCGUGGCGGUGUGAUUGUCGGAGCGAAGAGUUCUUUCAAUUUUUCCAAUUUCUUACCGAUCCACCGGGAAGAAUUGGUGAUCGAAAGAACCUGCAGUGCAACACACCGGAGGACUUUUUUGGUGCUUCUUGGGAAGGUGCUUGCCGAUCGAUUUGGUAUCCUUACGAGACGAUUGGCAACGCGGAACGCAUCUGGACCUGGCUAAUGGUGGGCGUGCUGUCCUUUUUCGGUCUGUUCUGUCUCAUCUCGUCGGUAAAGAAAUUCAUUUCGUCGCGCAGAAAGCUUGCUGCGGAACGUGAUCGGGAACAUAACCUGCAGGAAUUAAGAGAAAUAGCUCGAGAGAAUCGUGUACGACUACAGCACGAUGCACCCCAGAAUGCGCCUGAUGCGCGGGAAUCAAGACCUCCAUGCUACGAGGAUGCCUUACUGCUCCCCAAGCUAGAUGCGGCCUCGUUCGCCUCUCUCGACGAGCUGAUGCUGCGUGGCAAGCGUCGCAAACGGCGCCGUAAUCGCCGUGCGUCCGGAACCGAGGUCAAGGACGACGAUGACAUUGAUGAGGAAGAGCGCAUCCAAACACGUCAGCGAGCGAGAACUCGCAGUGAGGAUGUCUUGUCGCGACGGUUCGAAGACACAUCCUCGCUGGAACCGACGGCCGAUCCGCCUCCAGCACGAUCGAUCUACGAACGUCCCACGUCGAACCGUGUCGUGUCGCUAACGGAGGUACAGGUACACACGUCCACACCGGUGCAAUUGGAACAGCGCGAUCGGCAGGAAAACGAAGAGCUACACUACCAUUCGAUCGAUAUUCUAUCCCUUAACCAUCAACCCUCUUCCGCUAGUGAACGUUCGGCACCACCACCACCGCCCCGGCUCAGUUCCGCCACAACAAUCCGCAACGAACCGAUGGAAAACUUCACCGGCAUCAGCCAUAGUCCUUACGCGAAGCGCAAAGUUAAACCGCUCCAGCAUCUUAACCCGAACGGUAGCAUUGAGGAGAUUACGGAUUUCGCCGACCGGCAGUCGAGUCCGUACGCGAAAAGGCGUGGCCCACUUGUGUCCAGCUUCCGGGAACAAAAGCGAAAGCUUCCGCCAUUACCGGACAGACCACCGCCCCCCAUUCCGACGUCAGGGUCGGCCCGUUCGUCCGAGAUCAAUCUAGUCGAAAACUACUUCCAGCCGACGGAUCAGCAACGCAUCAUCGAUGAGCUGGAUGAUUAUGCCGUCAUUCCGCUACAGAUUAAUGCUUCCGCGUCGGCCGUCGUUAGUGUGACCGAACCACAACCGUCUACCUCGGGUAGGAUAAAACCUAUCCUGUUAGCGAUGGAAGACGACGCAGCGAGAAAUGCGAGUGAUUCUAGUGAAACCAGCAGUAUAGAAAUUAUUGCACCAUUGGUGCUAAAGAAAUAG